UGUCAGAUUUCGUUGUCAAAUAUAAUUUUUUAUGUUCGCAUUGUAUUGUAAACAUAGCUUUGUGAUUUAAUAUCAGAGCUGUGAGGUUCUAUUAAUGUAAUAAAGCCUCAGUAAAAUGACAAUUUAUAAUUUAUACAUUUUUGAUCGAUAUGGAACCCUCCUCUACUAUGGAGAAUGGAACCGAACAAAGCAAGCCGGAAUGUCUCGAGAGGAGGAAGGAAAGCUGAUGUACGGCAUGCUGUUCUCUAUAAAAUCAUUUGUUGCAAAGAUAUCACCACUGGACCCAAAGGAUGGAUUCCUUAACUAUAGAACAUCAAAAUAUACUCUGCACUGCUUAGAAACACCUUCAGGGCUUAAAUUUGUAAUGAAUACAGACAACCAAGCUCAAGGAGUUAGGGAAUUGUUAAAAAAGAUUUAUGGUGAAAUCUAUGUCAAAUAUGUAAUAGGUAAUCCACUCUGUGGCAUUGGAGAGCCUAUAAGUAGUGAAUUAUUUAAGAACAAGCUUGACACAUUCAUUAAACAGGCACCUCUAAGUACUGUCCGAGCAUCUUGAUGAUUUGUAUUCAUUAUUAAAUUAGCUAAAGUAGGAGACUAUGAAGAACAGGAGAACCUAUUAAAAACAAUUAUAACAAAAAGUACAAUACUUAUGUAUUCAGGCUAAAUAUUUUAAAUAUAUUGUGAAUUAGUCCACAAGAUGAAACAAGUUAUUAAUUGAGAUAAUAUUGAGAUAUUCAUAAUGUAAGGUUGUAAGUUAUUGUAAAAAAAAAACAAAUUUAAUAAAGGAAAUUUAUCAUAAA